CCCGCUGGUAGAUGCACGGCUGGGCCCAUCCGAUGUGGCAAUUCAGUCCAAACUGCUUCCAGCGCAUCCGUUGCAGCUCUCCUCGCGCUUUUGGGCGUCAUUAUUCAGGACCUUAAGGUUCCUGUUGGGCUCACCUGUGACCCUACUUCCACCAUUGGUGUUGGA